CUCUUUUGGAGCUCAGUAUAGUAUAAGAACUGGCUUCUUAUAACAAAUUUCAUUCCUUUCAUCCCCAAAUGAUCAAGAACGUAUCUUCCUCUUUGUCUGACUUUUUUCCGUGAAGGUUUGUAAGUUUUUGUUGAAUCAUUUGGCUGGAAGAUUAAACCUUUGAAGAAAAGGUACUUAUAAAGAUUGAGUUCGGAUUGUGGCCUGAAUUGUUUUUGGCAGGUACUUCGGUGAUACAGUGAUAGCGUAUAUACAAGUUGUAUAGUGUAUAUCAGACAAAUCUUCCACUUUUUUUUGGAGAAGAUUUGCUGUUUCAUUAAAGAUCUUCUAGCAAGACUUUAUUUUCACUCAGCAGAAACCAUAAAUAACUUAUGGCUUCACCAGUUGUCGAUUCUCCUUGGCUCUGUGCUGCUAAUGAAUCUUUUGGUGGAUGUUUCAAUAUGCAAAUAGAGGAGAUCAAAUCAGCCAAUGUUUUAAAUGUGCUGGAAGCUCCCUCAUCUUCUGUGUCUGAUACCUGUAAUUACCCCAAGCCACCACCUUAUCCUAAUAAAACAUCUAAAGCAGCCAACAAUUGUAAAAGGAUUUUAGAGACUUGCUCUGUGCCACGGGAAAUUAAAGAUGCAUGGGACAGGCUAUUCAAGGAAGCAUAUGGUGCAGAUGUAUACGUUAUCACUGUUAGCAAAUCAUAUAUUCCAGCUCAUUGCAAUGUUCUGAGUAUUUCAUCACCUGUGCUAGGGAAUAUCCUGCAGCGUUCAAAAGUUAAAGAUGGUAUUAGAUACAUCAAAAUUCUUGGUGUACCUUGUGAAGCCGUCUACAUGUUCAUCCGGUUUUUGUACUCAUCCUGCUAUGAAGAGGAUGAGAUGAAGAAGUUCGUUCUCCAUCUGAUGGUUUUAUCACACUCAUACUCGAUCCCAUCACUGAAAAGAGUUUGUAUAGACUUUCUGGAGCAGGAUUAUCUGACCAAGGAAAAUGUGAUAGACGUGCUUCAGUUAGCAAGGAGCUGCAAUGCACCACGACUCUCCCUCAUUUGUGUUCGUAUGGUUGUGAAGGACUUGAAAACUAUAUCAUCAACUGAAGGUUGGAAAGUUAUGAAGCGUGCUAGCCCUGCCCUCGAACAAGAGCUUGUAGAAUCUGUUGUUGAAGCAGAUUCGAGAAAACAAGAGAGGUUGAGGAAAAUAGAAGAGAGAAAAGUGUACUUGCAACUGUAUGAAGCAAUGGAGGCUCUCCUUCACAUAUGCAGGGAUGGGUGUAGGACAAUUGGACCUAGUGACAAAAUGCUUAAAGGAAGCCAAGUUCCCUGCAACUUUCCUGCUUGCAAAGGACUUGAGUCCUUGGUUCGUCAUUUCUCUAAUUGUAAGACUCGGGUUCCCAGGGGCUGUGUUCACUGCAAACGCAUGUGGCAACUUCUUGAACUGCAUUCUCGCAUGUGCAACGGCCCAGAUUGCUGCAAGGUCCCGCUUUGUAGGCAUUUCAAGGAGAAAAUGCAGCAGCAAACGAAGAAAGACGAAGCUAAGUGGAAACUGCUGGUCAGCAAAGUAAUAGCGGCAAAGAACGCACUGGGGCCAUUCUCAGCUCGCCCUGUAGAUUUAUUCUGACCCCAUUACUUCUCUCAAACCUUCUAUCCUCAUCACAACAUGCCAUUCACCAAACCCAUGCCAUUGUUUAAAGUUUUAGAAUUGCAAUGGAGGCUUUGUAAAAGUUUUAUUUUAGUACGUGUAUUUUUCAAAAAACUAUUUCAGUCCCUAUAUUUAGUUUUU